CAUCCCGGUAACCGAGCGCACACUGAGCCGUGAAACCUCCUGCGCACCGGCCGCUGCGCUCCUCCUCGCUCCUCCUCGCUCCUCCAGCGUCAGUUUUUGCCUCCUGCGUCGAUCCUCCGUCUCUCUGCGUCUCUUCCUCCCGACACAUCCCGCCCGCUCGUCGCUCCCUCACCUCGUCGGUCCAGCAUGUCGCUGAAGGUCCAGACCAGUAACGUGACCAACAAGACAGACCCAAAGUCCAUCAACUCGCGGGUGUUCAUCGGCAACCUCAACACAGCGGUGGUGAAGAAGUCGGAUGUGGAGAGCAUCUUCUCCAAGUACGGCCGCGUGCUGGGCUGCUCCGUGCACAAGGGCUACGCCUUCAUCCAGUACGCCGGCGAGAGGCACGCCAGGGGGGCCGUGAUCGGGGAGAACGGCCGGGUGCUGGCGGGACAGACGCUCGACGUCAACAUGGCAGGAGAACCGAAGCCAACUCGACCUAAAGUCCUAAAGAGAUCUGCAGCUUCUCUCUACAGCGGCUACGAGUUGGACUACGAUUACUACAGAGAAGAAUUCUACGACAGGUUGUUCGAGUUCCGUGGCAGGGUGUCUCCGGUUCCCCGGGUGGUGCCCGUCAAACGCCCGCGGGUGGCAGUGCCCCUGGUGCGACGGGUCAAAUCCCUGCCAGUCAAACUGCUGGCGCGUAACGCCUCGGUGCUCCCCACCAGCAACGGGAACAAACAGAGAUCAGCAGUGAGGGGUGCAGAGCUUCAGGCGAUCAAGUCAGAGUUGACUCAGAUUAAAACCAACAUCGAAGCUUUGCUGGGCAGACUGGAGCAGAUCACAGAAGACACACACAUCACCGCCACAGAACUGAGGAAGGCAGACGAGUGUAAACAUGAGGAGGCGUGGCAGGAAGGGGAGGAGUCGAGCUCAGAGCUGGAUGACGAGGAGGAGGAGCAAAGACAGAACAGCGAAGCUGAGGAGGAGGAUGAGGAGGAGGAGGAGGAAGAUGACGAAGAGGAGGAGGGAGAGCACACACAAGACGACGCCCAAGACCACAUGGAAAACAGUCGCCUAUCAUCAGAGAUGGACUCCAUUCACCCAUGAGACGUAGUGAGGCCUGUGGAGGAAGAGUCAGACAGAAGGAGAGAGAGGGAGAGAGAGAGAUGGAUAACAACACAGGAACGCCAUCAAACAGCAGGGAGCUCGACCGACACACUCACCCUCACUCACUUUCUCCCACACACAUACUUGUCUUACUUCAGUUGUGAGGACGGUCACUGACAAAUUACAUUCCCAGCCCGUUUACCCUCAAACACGCCUUUGAAGUUUGUGAGGACCUGCCAACAUGUCCUCACAAUGUCAACCAUCGUGCACACACACACACACACACACAAACACACACACGUUUAAACUUCAGCAGAGACAGACUUGACACUUUAUCAGAGCAACAGGAAGAUACUAAAACAGCAGGGUAUUGACAGAACACGCCAUAAAGUGAUGAGUUACACAUACUAACACCCGUGCGCACACACACACACACACGCACAAGGAAAAACAGAAAGUGAAGGAGACACUCUGAGCCGCGGGGAGACAGUAAAACAGCAGGCUGCCGCCAACAUGCAUCUUAAUCUGACCGAGUUUAAGCCACAAACACGGGAGCCGGAGCUCAUCAAAUCAUUAUCUGCUGCUUCAACGUGGAACAACACAACUGAACACACAACGUGCUGAGGAAGAGCUGGUUACAAACCCUCGUUGUGGCAAAUUCUUUUGGGAUUAAAAUCUAGAACAAGCUUUAAAUUAAAAAUGUCCGCAUCUGUGUAAAACAAAAUAUAUAUAAAGCGUGCCUUAAAGUUCAGCCUCCAAAGUUUAACCACAAAACCAAUCUGCGAUAAUAUUGAAUUAGUUUCAAGAUCUAAUGCAGCUUAUUGAACCACAGAAUACAAUUCAAAAUAGAUUGUAAAUGAUUCGAGGUGUUAAUUAUCUGAUAUAUUCAUCAAACAAUAAUCACAUUGUAAGAUCUUCAAUACUAAAUUGGAGUCAGGGCCCAAAAAUGGGUUCGUUAGCAAUGAGGAAUGCGUCAUAAUGGUUUUUAAAACUAUGGCUAAUUGCUUUGACAUGUGGUGAUUAGAUCUGAUUAAUCACAGUUUGAUGUGAUGAUGUUAUAACAACGUCACAAAGUGCUGAACAAGAAGAAGUUAAAAACCAGACGAGACCAACGGGACAUUGGCUCCAUUAGAGACGAAGCAGUAAAACACGACUAAAACAACGAAAGACGAGAUCGAUGUGUUGAGUUUUUGACCUACGCUGCGAUCACGGUUAUUUUGGCUUCACUUUAGCGAGAUGAGAUUUAACUGAUUCAUAAACAGUCUGUUCAAUAAUAGUUCAAUCAAGUUUGUGUCGUGAUGCAUUUUGCUAUUUUACAAACUCCUCAGUACGUCGCAGGUCAAAUUUGUUUUACCAGCAUAAGAAAAUAUGAUUUUGGUCAUUUCCCCGUCAUAAUAAUAUCCAGUUUGCAGAUGAGCAGUCACGUCCCCUCAAUCCACAACAUGCAAAAACACAUUAUAAUGUAAAUAUAGUAUUAUUAGCAGUAAAGGUAAAUAUGGAUCAUGGGAUUCCUCAGUGUGUCGACACUGUGAUUCAAAGAGGAGACGGAAUAGUUCUGUUGCUGCUGAUGAAGUGAAUCUGUCUCUGAACUUGUCUUUUUGUGUCGUUCGUCCUUUUGUCUUCAUUCCCUCCCUCUCUCUGUUCCAUCCUCCCUUCAUUCACCUGCUUCCUUCUCUUUCUGACACCUUUUCUUUAUUCCCAACAUCUGUUCGUCUUGUCCUCGUCUUUCAGCCGGUUUCCCUCUCACUUUAUUUAUCUCUCGCUCCAUUGUCCAAUUUUCCUUUCUCACUUCAUGUUAGACUUUUUAUUACAUCCGUUACUUUCCUCUCUGGCUUUUCUUGGUCGUCUUUAGUUUCUUCUUUGGGCCAAACACUUUUAUUUCCUCUUUCUGGGUUUAUUCUUCAACUCUCGUCUCAUUUUUAUACAGAUCUUGAUUCUGUUAGUUUUCUCUUUCUAUUCUUUUCUUUGUGAGAGAUUGGGAAGCACGUUGAUUUAAAUAAUAAUAUUUAAAGAUAAUAUGUAAGUUCUCUGCAUUAAACGACUGGACGUAUGAUAUAAAUCGUGCUGAAUUCUAUUUUUACGUUGUUCCAAACAUUUUUACUUUCUAGUUUAGAGCCAAAUGUUUCUGAUACACUUUUUCAGAUCUUGGUCAUAUUCCAACAUGAUUCAGGAUUUUAGUCAUCAACGAUUUUAAGUUAUGAGAGUAAAUGUUCAAUUCCUUUAAGACGUCUUGUAUCCACCAAACAAUGUUGAAGAAACACUGAUUGUUGACACAAAUUUGCUUUGUCCAGUGAUUUAAUUAAUGAAUUUAUUCCAUUUAUUUUGAGAUCAGGAAAACCUUGCUUUGCCUCCUCUUGCUUUAGUUUAACUCGUCAUUGCCAGCGGAUUUGUUUGUGAAGUUCACCUUCACACAGGCUACACUGUUAUUUGUACUGUUGCUUGAAUAUACUUGUUAUAAUCUCCUGAAUCAUCAGCCAGUACAGCAUCAUUUUAUGUCAAGGUGAUUUACAGCCUGGAACUUUGUGUUUGACCACGACAUGAUCAGAUCUUCCUCUUUGACUUUUCAACCUCUAACAAGGAAUUCUCAGACUUUGACUAUUUUCUUUUCAAUCAGUGACUAUUGUUUUAUAAAAUAAUGAAUCUUCAGGGUGAAAUGUUGUGUCUCGCUCUCUCGCUCUCUCCUCUCUUCCUCCUGUUUCUCCUGUUUCACUUCUUUUCACCAUUUUCUCCUCUUGUUCCCGUCCACUUUCUACAUGCUGAUGUUCUGAAAAAGGCUCUGCUGUUAUUUCGAUGACCUCCUGUACGAUGAAGGUGAUGAAGGUGAUGAUGCUGACUCCUCUGUCUGCACCGAGGCCUUUACAACACAUGUAAAUAAUCCAAAUAAAAAGAGGUGGAAGCUG